GGCAGGUUUCCUCGCCCUGCCUCUCCGCGCUCCCUCCUGCCUUCACCUAGUUCCUUAGUGAGAGACAUUUUUAUUUAUUUAUUUAGAUUUCUUUUUGAUUCCUCUACUUCCUCUGGUUUUCGCCCCAAGUCCCCAUAGCAGUAGCCGGCGAGACAUGGUCAAUGUAAGCACCCAGCUAAGCGCUAAGAUGGAGGCUCCAUAUGACACGUCUCCAUCAGAAGCAGCCAGCCUCAACAGCUCCAGCAGCAUUGGGGUGAGCACGCUGUGUGCCAUCUGCGGGGACCGCGCCACGGGCAAGCACUACGGGGCCUCCAGCUGCGAUGGCUGCAAAGGCUUCUUCAGGAGGAGCGUCCGCAAGAACCACAUGUACUCCUGCAGGUUUAACAGGCAGUGCGUGGUAGACAAAGACAAAAGAAACCAGUGCCGGUACUGCAGGCUCAAGAAGUGCUUCCGAGCAGGAAUGAAGAAGGAAGCUGUACAAAAUGAACGGGACCGAAUCAGCACCCGCAGGUCAAGUUACGAGGACAGCAGCUUGCCCUCCAUCAAUGCCCUCCUGCACGCAGAAGCCCUGGCACAGCAGAUAUCCUCCCCAGUUCCUGUGCUCAACGGAGACAUCCGAGGGAAAAAGAUUGCCAACAUUUCUGACGUGUGUGAGUCCAUGAAGCAGCAGCUGCUGGUGCUGGUGGAGUGGGCCAAGUACAUCCCCCCCUUCUGUGAGCUGCCCCUGGAUGACCAGGUAGCACUGCUACGUGCACACGCAGGAGAGCAUCUGUUACUGGGAGCUGCCAAGAGGUCCAUGAUGUUCAAGGAUGUCUUGCUGCUAGGAAACGAUCACAUCAUCCCGCGGAACUGCCCCGAGCUGGUGGAGGUGAACCGCGUGGCCAUCCGCAUCCUGGACGAGCUGGUCCUGCCCUUCCAGGAGCUGCAGAUCGAUGACAAUGAAUAUGCCUGCUUGAAAGCCAUCAUCUUCUUUGACCCAGAUGCCAAGGGGCUGAGUGACCCGUCCAAGAUCAAGAGGAUGCGGUACCAGGUGCAGGUGAGCCUGGAGGAUUACAUCAACGACCGGCAGUACGACUCGCGGGGCCGCUUCGGCGAGCUGCUGCUGCUGCUGCCCGUGCUGCAGAGCAUCACCUGGCAGAUGAUAGAGCAGAUCCAGUUCGUCAAGCUCUUUGGCAUGGCUAAGAUUGACAACCUGCUGCAGGAGAUGCUGCUGGGAGGCUCAUCGAGUGAAGCGCCGCACGCCCACCACCCCCUGCACCCCCAUCUGAUCCAGGAGAACCUGGGAACAAACGUCAUUGUGGCCAACACAAUGCCUCCUCAGAUGCACAACGGGCAGAUGUCUACUCCAGAAACUCCGCAGCCUUCUCCACCCGCGGGCUCAGGAUCCGAGCAGUACAAGCUGCUGCCUGGAGCCAUUGCAACCGUGGCAAAGCAGCCCACGUCCAUCCCACAGCCUGCCAUCACAAAGCAGGAGGUCAUCUAGCAGCCCCACAGCAGCCAGCCUCCUUCAGAGCACCGCGUGGGAGAAAAGCCCAAACUGACUCUGCCACUGUGACAAAAGAAGCCAUCCAGAGGUGCCUGGGCAGGAGCACACGGACUUGCUCAUUGGACUGGCCACCACCAGAAGCUGUCUUCCUGCAGCACGGACAGCAUGUGCCAUGGGCAGCCCCAGAGUCCCAGAACUAAGGCUGAAGCCUUGCUGAAACCCUCAGUCCUUGUAAGGAGGGCCAGAUUCCUGCCUCCCUGUGUGGGGAGGUCACAGUGACUGGCUGGGGACAGGCUGUUGCCCCACUGCCACCUCAGCACUGGUUCAGCACACUGCAAACCCUGUGAACAAGCAAUUCCCUGUGCCCUGGGAGUGGAGGGAGCAAUUCCCUCCCACAGCCAUCCCAGCCCCCUGACAGUCCCCAGUCCAGCCAGACUUGGUGGAGGUGGAAGCUCCCCCAGAAGCAUCACAGCAGGUGAAGCACAUGGGGUUUGCCCAGGCAGCACUGCCAGAACUGCUCCUCAGCCUUGGCUAGUCCCAGGUCUUUGUGUGGUGUCACCCUCCAGCACACUAAACCCCCCAGCCAGAUCUAACAAAUCUUUUCAGCACCAAGGUACUCCACUGUUUGCAUCCCUCUGCCUCUUGAGGGGUUUUGAUAUUUCUGUGCCAUGCCUGCCCUCUCACCACCGUGCUCAGAGAGGCAGCCACUGCCAAGCCCUUCCCGUGCACCACUCACUGCCUCCUGGGAAUUUAGGGACCAUGGGAUUCCAGAGAUUUCAGCUCAUGGGAUGGGGUCACCCUUUACAGGCUGGCAGCACUGCCCAAAAUACUAACUACUGCUUCUCAGCAGUCAGAGGACCACUGGAUGCUUCUCUGGAAGGAAGUGGGGGAAAGAUGCAGGAAGGGGAGAGACCUAUGGGGUGAGAAGAGCUUGAGCCUCACAGAUUGGACCAAGGUCUUGUGCUUUCUAAGUGCUGGGAGCAUUGGGACCCAGGAUCUCACUUCAGGCCCAACUUUAAUGCUAAGAUGUGCCACACAAUCUGCUGCUCCAGUGCAGUGCCACUCCUUCAGCUUAGAGUGAGUGGCUGAUAACAGAUUUAUAGGUCUUCAUAACACGAUAAGAUUUUGUUAUGAUUCCUUCAGAUCUCUGAGUGUUUGAGAGCACCAACCUCAAAAAUACAAUUCUUCAAGGAAAGUGACAGAGGCCAAGCAAUAACCCUGUCUCACCCAAGCCCCCAGGUCUGCCCCAGCCUUGGGUCUGCCCACCCUGCUCUGCUCCCUCCUGCCCCUGUUCCUCUGUGCCUGCCUGUGCCAAAACCCAGCGCAUCUGACCUUUGGUUUACAGCUGAAACCAGGAAAGGAGCCCUCCCCAGAGCCCUGCACCGCUGCAGCCCUGAGUCACUGCUGGCCUCUGGGGAGGAUGGGGAUGGUGAACCCAUGGCUGCCAAGAGGGCUCUGGUGGGGACAGAUCUGAGCCAGCUCAGCCAGAGGAGCUGCAGGUCUGGCCUUCAUUUCCAAUGCAAAAUGAAACACCUCGUGCUGGCGGUGUCAGAGCUAUUGUCUGGUUUCAA